AUGGGGGACCUACUUGAACUCAUUUAUGUUAUGUGGAUGAUGUUGUUUUUCAUUGGUGAAUGGUCGAAGGAAAACAUCUCGAAUCUCAACCGGAUUCCUGGAUUCCUAGAUUUUUUACUUUGUUCAAGUUUAAAAGUCAACCUCCAAAAGAGUUGUAUCUACGGAUCCGGUGUAACGCAAGAGGAUGUUCACUCUAUAGCUAAUCUUAUUCAUGGUAAGGUCGGCGUGCUUCCUUUUACUUUUCUUAGUCUUCCUAUUAGGGUAAAUAUGAAGAGGGUUAAGUUUUGGAAACCAAUCGUGGAUAAAUUUAAUUUCAACUUAUUCGGGUGGAAGGCUAGAAACCUUUCUUUGACGGGAAGGGUGACUCUUGCUAAAGUGGUUCUUGGUGCUCUUUCGAAUUAG